CCAUAGAAACCGAUAUCGAUAAGGAUUAUACCUAGGGAGGUAUACGGAGUAGUACUUACUAGUACAUACUUUAGAUACAACGUCCGAUCUUAUACCCGCACUACUUUAUCUAAGCCUCCGUACCUACCCUACCUAAUCAAUGCAUAAGGAAUUCAAAACCUUCGAAGAAUGUUUGUGGCGCAAAGCAAACAAUGAAGACAACAUCUAAUGACAAUAACUUUUCCCUAACUCUAUAGCACAACCUCUUCCUAUUCUUUGAACCUCUUUCAUGCCACUUUCUUUGAAUAUUUCCCGUUCACGCCGCCAUCCAAACCCGGAACCUUUCUUUCCAUUUUCCCUUUCAACCAGCCAGCUCUUAAAGAAACACGAUUUAAUUUAAUUCGACGUCCAGCUUCUCGAUCAUAGAACGGAAUGCUUCAGCAGCCUUUCGAACAUCUAUAACCAUGAGUCCAGCAGCCAUCGGUGGGCCCCACUUGCGAGCCACUUCGAUCAAUAGCACUGGACCGAUCAACACUACAAGAAGAGAUUGGGAUAAUGGUAUUGACAACUCGAAGGGUGAAAGCCGAGUGCUACCGCAUUUGGACGACUUGGUGAAUGCGAAACCCCUCGUCGAUAGACAGUCCUCAUUACGGAAGUUACUGGAGGCAGGCGAAGAAGCUGCGAAACAAGCGGAAACAUUGCUCGAUUUCAAACGUCUGGAUUUAGCUCUUCAACAGUACAUUGUAGCUUUUACAAUAGCCGUGGAGUAUAUUCCCCAGAGUCCGCAUUACCCUGACCUAAGGACUAGACCGGAUUAUCCUCGACUAUACGCUGGCCUACAGAAACGGCUCAACCUACAACACAGCAGAUUCGAGGAAGUUAAGAGGCUAAUUAAAGAGGAUAAUGCAAGAACCGGAAUUAGCCCAUCCAAUUCAUUUACAUAUAAUGGACGGCCCGUUUCAGGAAAUAUCGACAAUAGUGCAUUUGAACCUACCAUGCCAGAUGUAUAUAGUAACGCAAUCGACAGGCAGCUUGAUGCCAUAGAUACCACAAAAAGGACCGAAAGCCGUCCGAAGCCAACUGUACAGCCAAAGCCACAAGGACUCCAUGGCAAGUCGAUUCAGACGGCAAAUAGUAUGUCGCCCAGUCUAUCCAUUUCAUCCGAGAAUGACUUGGCCGCACGAUUUGCCCGCCUAAGAGGUUCAAACAAUCUAGCCCCUAUUCAAGAUCCUAGGAUUCGGACGCAACAAAUUACUAUUCCAGAUGGAAUCAUAGUAGAUCAAAAAUCAACAAAUGCAGUACCACUGCCCAAGCAAAAUGCGAGCAUAUUGCGGCCUCUCGGCCCAAGGGAAAUGCCAACGAGUCUAGCAAUACCUCUUAAGACAGAAAAACCAAUUCUUGGUAUGAGUACCAGUGUCCCUGGGAUGCCAAGGAUGCCGGAUGCAAUAUAUAGUCCCGCAAGAAGCGCAGACGUCGCUUCCACUAACAGUCAACCGCCAUUGUUAUCUCGAGGGUCCUCGUACCUCAACGGGAAAAAGGAGUCCUCAAAUUCAACGUCGAAGAUGAAUCGUAAUCGAAUAGCGGCUGAUGAUACCAUGGAUUAUUUUUCAAGUCCCGAGGUCAAUAAUUACACAUUUGAUCAUGAUAGUCCUGAACCUGAGACUGCGAUAAACAGGCUAUCGAUACCUAGUACCACAACUAUUACUGCGGAACAGCUUUAUGAUUAUCUCAAAAUGGGCUCUAAUACCUUGAGCCUUUUACUCGUCGAUAUUCGAAGUAGAGAAGAAUUCGACGAGGGGCAUAUCAUGUCUCAAUCAAUUAUUUGCAUUGAACCUAUAUCUCUAGGAAAAGAUAUGUCCGCAGAAGAACUUGGAGAUAGAAUUGUGCUGUCUCCUGAGUCCGAACAAAGGUUGUAUAACCAGAGGCACAUAUUUGAUUUGAUAGUCUAUUAUGAUCAAUCAUCGACAUUGAUAAACAUGGAACAUCCUUCAGCCGAACUCUUGAAUAAUUUGCAAUAUUUUAGUAAGAUUAUCUUCGAUCAUGCUUAUGAUUGUCCAUUGAAGCGACGGCCAAUGUUACUUGAUGGUGGUCUAGACUCUUGGGUGGACCUCGUUGGAUCUGGCGCGUUGCAAGGUGCAAUUCCUGGCAGUAAAUCUCUGCCUAAAACUAAGAAGCAUGAUCAUCACGCUUUGGGUCGAGUCUCCAUAGCACGUGAACCUCGGAGAAGCCUAGUCACGAAGAGAACAAUCUCUAGAUCGCGGGCAUUAUCAGCGGCAGAGGAAGAAAAGUGGGAUAAGGCAUUAAAAGAAUGUGCUGAGACUGAUGAUGCACCUGCUGAGGAAUUAGCUAUGGACGAAUCUCGUUAUGCCAGAACGACCGAGGAAUUCAUGAGAAGAUACCCAGAACUUUCCACAAUCAAACAGUCUAUGGCGUUGCCAUCAAAGCCGAGGUCAUUGCCUCCCUAUGAUGGACCAAUGAUCUCGGCCCCACCAACUCGGCCGCCACCAGCUUUACCAAGACAGAGAUCUAAUGGUAUUUCCGAAAAGACACCCUAUAAAAAUUAUGCUAUGACAGGGGGAAACUCUAGCGCUCCCCCCCCUGUUGAGCCCGGUCUAUGUGGUCUAAGAAACGUCACGGGGAGCCUGUGCUACAUGAAUACUGCCAUCCAGAUACUCAGUGCCUCGCCGGCAAUCAGGAAUAUGUUUAUUAGAUUUCAAUAUCCUUGUAAUCCUGCAAUUCCGAAAAAGGAAGGCGAAGACAGCCCUCCACGGCUAUUAAUGACCCGGGCUCUUCGCAGCUUAUUACAACAUAUGUGGUGUGGAAAAUAUGAUGAAAUUGUUCCAAGAAUGUUUCAAGUGAGCUCAUCCAAAUCUAAAAAGCUCGUUAACUAAUUGAUAAUAGCAAUAUGUCCAUGCAACUGCUGUUGCCCAUAAAGGUCAUUUAGGCGCCAACCCCGAACGUGGCGGUACAAAUGUGCACACACCUGAUACAACUUAUGGGACCGCAAGACAACAUGAUUGCGGCGAGUUUUUAGGAUUCCUUUCCGACACAAUUAUGGAUGAACAGAAUAUCAAUCGUGACAAAUUAAAAGGUCUCGCCGAUGCGGCGUUCCUCGGGACAGAAGAUCCUGCAUUGCCAAGAACCCGAAAUUGUUGUCAAGCACAAGAACGAGCUCUGGAAUGUUCGAAUUCACCCCUUGGAAAACUGAUCUGCAGCCAGCUUAUGUGGGAGAAUACUUGCGAUAACUGCGGCGACCAAUAUGUUUGCUCAUCAAUGUUGGGUUCCUCGAUACCCCUACUUGUAUACCCGGAUGGCGGGGCAAGGCAAACACUGGAUUCUCUGCUUCAGACCUUUACAUAUCAAGCAGAUCCGCAAUCAGGCGCGAAAUGCGAUGCUUGCAGUAAUGAAAACAACACCGUAACAAAAACCAAGAAGCUCCUCUUUUCUCACCUGCCGGAUUAUUUAAUAAUGAAUUUUAACAAAGUUCAGUUCGGUAGAGACGGGAAACACUACCGCACAAACGUUCGAGUAGAUUUUCCGGAGAUUCUUGACAUGGGAAAAUACACAUGGUUAUCAGAGAAAGAUGAUUAUUCAGAACGAAUUCCUGCAAAGCAUAGACCUCCAUUCUUAUAUGAUUGUUAUGCUGUUGUACAGCACGAAGGGACUCCUGAGGCGGGUCACUACUGGGCGUUAGCUCGUAGGAUAGAUGCGAAUAAUACGUGGACGGAUGAAUGGCACAAGUUCAGUGAUGCUAGCGUGGAACCAGGUAAAAGGUUUACUGAUGCACAAAGUGCCGAGACCGUUAUGCUUCUCUACCGCCGUCAAGGUAGUGCAUGAUAUCAUAUAAAAAUUGGGUGUUUUUAACAAGGCAGUGAUGGUUUACGAUUUUGUCGGCGUGUCGUGGGAAUGGUUUAAGCUGAGAUGCAUCUACAUUAGGCGUUUUUUAGUUAGUUGGAAACUGGGGUAUGCUGGAAAAUAUUUUUAGCGCGACUGUUUGAUAGUCACUCUUUUGGAUGAGGAAGAUGCAAAAUAACGUCUGAUGAAUGGUAUAUUAUCUCUUGAGAAUAGGGAUGGGGUGCAUUGAGGCUUGGUACAUACAUUUAACACAGAUAUAUGCGAGGUACUAUUAUAUGAUCUUUCUCUACAUUAUCAUUGUAA